AUGAUUCACCAAAUGGCACCAUGGGUGCCUCAAUUCACUCAAUCGCUGAAAAACCAUUCCCAGUCGUUCACGCCGUUUUUUUUUGCGACUGUUGAUCCUUUGACCAACAAACCCAAAUGCCGAACCGUGAUCUUCCGGGACUUCCUGUUCCACGACAAACGUAGCAAUGUGCUAACGUUCACGACGGAUCUCCGUGGUGACAAAGUGAAAGAGAUCCUAGCUGCCAACUCAGAUACAGCGCCAUUCGAAGCAUGUUUCUAUUUUCCGGGCACUUGGGAGCAGUACCGUUUUAGUGGGAGGUGUUUUGUUGUAUCACACCAGAAUUUGCCUCCGAUUUCUGCCAAGUACAACCAGCUCGAUUCCGGGUUCAUUGAGUACCCGAUUUUAUCGCCCAGCAUUUACGGAGGUGCACAGAUACUGUACGAACACGACCAAGAAUACGAAGAAAGCAACAAGCGUAAUGCGGAAUCCAACACUGAUUCGGAGCCAGAAGCAUCGUCUUCUGGGGACACAAGUGGCCAUCAUGAGCCCCAGCAUCCCGUACUGUCCCGCAGCUCUACACGCAGCUCAGGAGUUGCGGGAGUGAACAGCCAUGUUCUGGGACCUCAAGACUACGCUCCACCCUUGAACAAAGAAUGGGAACUGGAGCUACGUCGCCAAUGGCGGGAUCUGUCACGUUCCACGAAAGCGCAGUUUCGGAAACCCGAUCCAGGUACUCCGGUAACGUCCGAAACCAGCAAACAACUCGAUAAGAUCCAGCGGGGUGUAGACGGGGCCAAGGAGGAUGCCGGUUUUGAUAAUUUCGGCAUUAUUUGCUUGUGCAUCGAGGAAGUCGACUUUCUAAAUUUAAAAGACGGACGCGGCGGCGAAAGAAUGAAAUUUCACCGCAAUAUCCAUUCAGAAACAGGCUCCGAAACCUGGAAUGAGGCUGAAGUUUGCCCAUAA